AUGUCUCGACCUAGAUUUCUCUCUUGUUUAUUAGGAGUCUAUGAAAAUUUAAUCAGUCAUCAUGAUGAUAAAAUGAUUAUAUUAGUACAUUGGUGUUUUCUUAACAAGUAUUUCUGCGUCAUCGAAGAUGGCAAAGAAAAAGAUAUAUUUACGUUCAAGAGAGAUGAUCCUAGUGGAAUAGUAAUUGAUUAUAAAAAGGAUGAUCUUUUCAUUACCACGAAGCAUUCUUUUUCCGGAGCUCAAUACACGGUCGAACUCUCAACAACAGGAAGCCAAUUUCACGCAUCGUUUAGUAUUAAAAAAACAAAAGUUGUGAACGAAAAUGGUCAAUUCGCUGAUAAUAUUAAUUAUUUAAUUGCUAAUAUCAAUUCAAAAAUCGAUGGUGCUCUUACUCGUUUAAAGGUUCAAAAUAAUGGGCGUAAUCCUGCAAAAAAAUUUGAUCCAAACGUGUAUUUCGAGAUAUCGGCCAACAAUAUUCCAAUUGGUCGAAUUAUAUUCAAACUAUUUGAUGCUGUUGUACCAAAGACCACAGCCAAUUUUCGAGCAUUGUGCACAGGUGAAAAAGGUUUUGGUUAUAAGGGAUGUCGAUUUCAUCGUGUAAUUCCUCAAUUUAUGGUUCAAGGUGGUGAUAUAACCAAUCACGACGGUACGGGCGGUAAAAGUAUUUAUCCUGAAUUUUAUUUUGCUGAUGAAAAUUUCAAAUUGCAACACACAAAACCCGGUGUUUUAUCAAUGGCUAAUUGUGGCCCAAACACGAAUCGUUCUCAGUUCUUUAUUACUGCUGUUCCAACACCGUGGCUCGAUGGAAAAUCUGUUGUGUUUGGUGAAGUGGUGCAAGGAAUGGAUGUUGUUCAAAGAAUCGAAAGUUAUGGCACAAACUCGGGUACUCCAAACGCCGAUGUCGUCAUUACAACAUGUGGCAUUAUUCAAUAA